AUGGAGGCGCUCCACGAGGAGCUGCCCUUCGACCUCGACUUCCACCCGUCCUCCCCCUUCGUCGUCACCUCCCUCAUCACCGGCGAGCUCUGCCUGUUCCGCUACCGCCCGGAGUCGCAGCCUGAGAGGUUGUUUUCGGUAAAAGCUCACAAGGAGUCAUGCAGAGCUGUUCGUUUUGUGGACUCAGGAAAAGGUGAUGAUGAAGGCUGCAUUAAGGUAUGGGAUACCCGGGAACGAUCUUGCUGCAACAGUUUUGAAGUCCAUGAUGAUUACAUUUCAGAUAUGACCUAUGUGGCUGACUCAAAUCAGAUACUGGCCACAAGUGGGGAUGGAACUUUGUCUGUGAACAACCCAUGGAGGAAUAAAGUAAGAUCACGAUCUGAAUUUUCAGAAGAUGAGUUGCUAUCCUUGGUGGUAAUGAAGAAUGGUAAAAAGGUUGUUUGUGGAACUCCAAGUGGAGCGCUCUUAUUAUAUUCAUGGGGAUACUUUAAAGAUUGCAGUGUCCGCUUUCUCGGACACACACAGUCUGUGGAUACAAUGCUGAAGCUGGAUGAAGAAACUUUGGUUUCUGGUUCAUCAGAUGGUGUGAUCAGAUUAGUGGGCAUCUUACCUAAUAGGAUAAUUCAGCCACUUGCUGAACAUUCAGAAUAUCCCAUUGAGGCCCUUGCGUUCUCAAACGAUAAGAAAUAUCUCGGCAGCAUCUCACAUGAUAAAAUGCUGAAGCUCUGGGACUUGGAAGAACUCUUGAAUGGCCCACGGGUAGUCAAUGGUGAUGAACCUGCUGAAGCUGGUAGUGAUGAUAGCGAUGACGAUAGCGAUGAUGAUGCGAUGGAUGUAGACAUGGCGGCAACCUCUUCUAAAGCUGUUUCUUUUCUCUCUGGGGGUGCUCAGGGUCAAGGAGUAAAAAAGGCAGGAGUGUGA